GGGAGCAUCGAAACAUAACAGAAGCGCAACAAGGUCGCGGUAUAUCUUUGAGUGUAUCUUUGAUGCAGCAGAAAGCAGCAUGUGUCAAAAUGCUGUCAUUGCGCAGGAGUGCAAGAUGCUGGAAAUUUGGCGACAUGAAUUGAUUCGUUCGUGUUAAUGUGAGAUAUGGCACCUGGCACAGUUUUGGAAUGGACAGUUGACAGUGUUGCGAAGUGGUUAGAAUCCCACGACCACAAAGAAAUAAUAGUUAAGAAAUUCGUUGAGAACGAAAUUGAUGGCAGGGCUCUACUGCUGUUAACUGAGGAAGAUAUACGGCAUGAAAUUUUUCAGCAGUGCCCCCAGCGUGUUGGCGUUUUGAAGAAGUUAAUUUCAGACAUCCGACGCCUACAGCUGCAGAACCAGCAGGCUAUUAUCGCUUUGGGCUACGACCCAGCUAUAUUCCUGCAUUUUUCGUGCACUGGUUUUCUUCCAAACCAACUGUGUGUGUCCCGUGUGGAGGGCAAUGGAGACUCACUCUUGUACCUGUAUGGUGGGAGCACACCCCUCGAUCAGCAGCAGCCGUAUUCAGCAAACCACUCACCGCCACUCUCUGAGGAUGGUCGUGCUACUCAACUUCAACCCGAGAUAUGGAAAGCCCUCAUAAGCUUAGGAUACUUGUUUGUUGUGACUUGGAUCACAUCCUUUGUGAUGGUUAUAGUACAUGACCGUGUACCUGACAUGAAGAAAUAUCCUCCAUUGCCAGACAUUUUCCUUGACAAUGUUCCACAUAUUCCGUGGGCUUUUGGAAUGUGUGAAUGGACUGGAACACUUUUGCUCCUGAUAUGGCUCAUGGUGCUGGCAAUGCAUAAGCACAGAUUCAUAUUGGUGCGUCGCUUCUUUGCUCUAUCUGGCACAGUGUUCCUUCUUCGGUGUGUUACAAUGCUGAUCACAUCGCUGUCCGUGCCUGGAACCCACUUGGAUUGCAGCCCUCCAGAAAGGCCAGGUGCCGAUGUGUGGACAAAGGUGCAGAAGGCAUACUUUAUUUGGCGUGGUGCUGGGAUGUCCAUCCAAGGUGUUAGGACGUGUGGAGACUAUAUGUUCAGUGGACAUACUGUUGCCCUCACAAUGCUUAAUUUCUUCAUCACCGAAUAUUCACCGAGACACCAGUACUACCUACACACCUUUACUUGGGUGUUAAACAUGUUUGGCAUUUUCUUCAUUCUUGCUGCACAUGAGCACUAUUCAAUUGACGUUUUUGUGGCAUUCUACAUCACAUCACGUCUGUUUCUGUAUUACCACACACUGGCAAAUAACCAAGCUCUAAUGCAGCGCGAUUCAAACCGUACACGGAUCUGGUUUCCCCUCUUCAGCUUCUUUGAGUCAUCAGUGAAUGGAAUAGUGCCAAAUGAGUAUGAAUCUCCUUUUGUGGCACUGCGUAAGCUGGCAUUUUGGCUGAAGGAUAAGGUUGUGUUACUUGUGACUUGGACAAUGCACGAACAACAACACAGUUCAAUAGCAAGGGUUCUUACACAGUUGAACAGCUCAAAGAACAAGUGAUUGUAAUUUUCAGUUAGUCUGUCCUCCCAUUCACUGCUAGCUAACUGGUGCUGAUAAAUACCUUUGUUGGCAAGCUUAAUGUGUCAAUGAAAUUAUGUUUUCAGGAAUUAAUAUGAAACAGUGUGCUUGAAUAAAAUUUCGAAGUGGAGUACUUAAGGUGCAAAGUGUUGUUGGUCCUUCUUAAUUGUAAGAUGCUUCUGGGAACCAGUAUGUACGACUGACUUUUCUUCAUAUAAGUACAUAUGUGGUUCCAUUUUUAAUUUAUUAUAAUGUUGCAACAAGCUGUCAAAUGUGACAUCUGCAACUUGUUGAUGUUCCUAGUGGUAGUCAAGAUAUUUGCUUGUGGAAGAAUGUUUAAAAAAUGUGACACUGUUGUUCUUGAAAAUAAUUGAAUCUCAGGUGUUAUUAAUAUAUGGCUAAGAGAAAUGUUAUGGGGCCAUCUGCUUGUUGUAAACAAGUAAAUAUCGUUAUGUACUAUAAUAAUGAACCAUGUUCCCCUCAAAAGAAUAUGUUUCGGGAGAGGGGGGUGAGGCUGUUUCUAUCCAUUACCAAAUUAGAGCAGUGCUGAAGUAGCUGAAGUGGAACUUCAGGCUUAUGCAUCACAUCUACUGUACUGUGUUGUUCUGCAGCACAUAUUGUUGCUUUUUGUGUAAUGGAUAAAAUGAAAAGACAAAGUUUCAAUAAUACACCAAAGAUUUUUUAAACUUGCAGAUUUCAUAUUGUAUGUGUACUCUUUCUCUUAAUGUCACUUUAUUUAUGAAUUGUGUUUAUUUUCAUAAACAUUAAUUUCUGUUGUGCCAAAUUUGAAAUCUUGAGCAUCCACAUGACUGGUAAGAAUUUUUCUGUUUUAGUUUCUGCAUCUAAUGCAAUGUAAAGAAAUUUUUGGCAAACUUUAAUGUUUUAAUGUGUGCUUAACAUUUUAUUAUAGAACAAAGUGUAAUGCACAUAAUGAAAUUUAUGCUAUAUUUUCAGCUAUGAAUUCAUAAGACAUGGGAUUUAAUGUGGAUCUGUAUUGUAUAAAUUCCUGCAGUUUUCUUUUUAUUCUCUCACAUUUUGUUUAUUCAGGAAAAAAAUGUAGUCAGAACUGUUUCUAUCCAAAUGUUUCAUGCUGAAAAUUUCUAAGUUAUUGGACACUGUGAUACAUGUUUGUAAACUAAAAUAUUUUGUUUGUUUUUAAAAUUGCUGGAAUACAACGGGUUUUCAGUUAUCUGAUACUGCUCAUAAUUUUGAUGUCUUACAAUGUAAAUCUAAUGAAAAAGACUUGAGUUGUCAGCAGUAUUAUCUAUCAGAGAUAAAUAUAUUUUAUUUAAUCGCAGAGAUGUAUAUUCAUUUUAAAUAUCUGAUGUUACCCAGCCUGUAGCUUGUUAACUCAAUUUGCCUGCCAGUGUCUUAUUCACUUCUUAUGCAUUUAUACCACAAGAUAGGGCCACUGGUUACGAGGUUCUUUUAUUUAGUUUGUGAACUGUUUGCUUGCUUACAGUUUGUAUUUUAAAAGUCAGAAUUCAAAGAAUUUCGUAAGAAAGAAAAAAAAUGCCACUGUGCAAAUGCAUUCUCUUUCAUGUCUAAAGCAGUCAUUUGAAGUGAACUUGCACAGUAAAAUUGGUCUGAGUUGAGGGUCUUGUAGUACUUGGGAGAUUUAAUGUGAUUCUGUCUGUUUUAAUUAUUCGGGAGUUGACCGCCUGGUUUUAAACUUUCUUUGCUUUUUGCGUUUAAUUUGAUUGGGAAACUGUUGAGAUUGAACUUAAGAUAUAUAUGGAUGGACAUGAGACAGGAAAGGUUGCAAUAAAUUUUUCAUGUGUGAUUAUUACUUUACGUAUGAAA